CCCCCCCUCUCUCUCUCACAUAUUGAGAGAUUAAUUCCCUUCUUGUUCAGAGAGGCAGCGUAUUCAGCCAUGACUUUGUAGCUGUUCUCUGGGGAAGUGAUCCAGAAUCCACUGGAAGACAUCAUGACGUUUUCUCUUCAGGAUAGAAUCUGUAUUUUAGUACCUUGGGCACUGAUGAUGAUGAUGAUGAUCUACGUCAAGGCCCAGCCUGAGUUCUUCGUCCCGCCCGGAAGUAUGACCUGGAACGAGGCCCGGAACCACUGCCAGGUCUGUUACAAGGAGCUGGUGACUCUGACCCCCAGCAGCAUCCAGGUCAUUGCCCAGAAACUAACCUCUGUCUACUGGAUCGGCCUCCGCAAACACCCCCAACCCCCCUGUCCCCUCAGUAUGCCGUGGAGCCGCUGGGCAAACGGGGACUUCCUCACCUACCAGAACUGGUACCCUGGUUGGCCUGUGUUGAAAUCCCCCGGCGGCGUCCCAGGCACUGAAGACUUGUGUGUGGCCACGCUCCGUUUUGGGGCUUGGGUUGAAAAGAACUGCUCCGAGCUUCUGCCUUAUAUUUGUUACGAUGAGCGUUUCUCUGGCCAAGUCAGCAUUACUGCCGUGACCACCAGUAGCGCCAAUUUCACUUGGCAGCCCAUGGCUGGUGCCAUCGACCAUUACCACGUCGAGGUCAGAGGAGGCAUCAACCUGAAGGCAAUCAGCACCAAUCUGACGCCAAUCGCCACCAAUCUGACGGCAGACAGCACCAAUCUGACGGCAAUCGGAACCAAUCUGGCGGCAAUCAGCACCAAUCUGGCGGCAAUCGGCACCAAUAUGACGGCAAUCAGCGCCCACUCUACGCCAAUCGGCACCUAUCCGACAGUGAUCGGCAUCAAUCCGACGACCAUCGGCAUCAAUCCGACGACAAUAGGCACCAAUCCGUCAUCAGUCGGCAGCCAUCUGACGGCAAUUGGCACUGAUCUCGUGGCAAUCGCCACCGAUCUGGAUGCAAUCGCUAACGAUCUGACGCCAACAGGCACCGAUCCGAUUUCAACCGGCACCGAUCCGACGGCAACAGGCACCGAUCCGACGCCAACAGGCACCGAUCCGACGCCAACAGGCACCGAUCCGACGGCAACAGGCACCGAUCCGACGGCAACAGGCACCGAUCCGACAGAAACCGAUCUGACGACAAUCGGCACCAAUCCGACGAAAGUCUGCAUCAAUAUGACGGCAAUCGGCACCAAUCUGACGGCAAUCGGCACCAAUCUCACGGCAAUCGGCACCAAUCUGAUGGCAAUCAGCACUAACCUAACAGCAGUCGGCACAAAUCUGACGGCAAUGGGCGCCAAUCUGUUGGCAUUCGGCACCAAUCUGAAGGCAAUCGGUACCAAUCUGACGCCAAACGGCACCAAUCCGAUGGCAAUCGGCCCCAAUCUGACCCAUGACCUUUCCAACCUGACAGGGGGCACCCGCUACUCCAUCCAGGUGUUCCCUGUUAAAUGUGGGCGGACCCUGAAACCACAGGCCGCCACCUUCUACACCAUACCCAACGAAGUCCAAAACCUCAAUGUGACCAAGGUGACGGAAACCUCAGUGUUUCUGAGCUGGAACAAACCAUCUGGACACGCGGAUCUCUACCGAGUCAAGGUCAACGGUUCUGAAGGUUCCCAAACCACCAAUCUGAUGAGGUCAGAGGUCAGAGGUUUGAAGCCUGGAAUCAAUCACACGUUCAUCGUCUUCUCAGGACUCUAUAACGAUUCCCUCUGGAGUGAAGCCUCACACAUCUCGGCAUAUACAAAGCCUCUGAGAGUGUCCAACCUGAGAGUGUCGGGAAAUACCCCAGACUCUCUGCUGCUCAGCUGGACGCCGCCUGAGGGCGACAUCACAGGCUUCCGGGUGCAGGCCGUGAAUGACAGUAACGACACACUGUGCGAGGAGACAGUGGAGGACGGGUGGAAUCGUACUCGACCGGAGGUGAAAGUGACGGAGCUGCCGAUCGGCACCAGGAUAACCCUGAGUGUGGUAGCCAUCGCCUCUGGCACCUUGGAGUCAGACAAGGCGACCAUCGUCAACUACACCGCCCCUGCGCCGAUUUCACACCUGGAGUUGGACACGAAGGAUAGCUCCCUGAUGGCCACCUGGACACAGCCUAACGGUAGCUACUCGUCCUUUGAAGUCACGCUGCGGCUGGACGGUGAGGACGUGGAGCCGACAGCACACGUGACCGAGCCUGAGAAGCAAUAUGAGGAGCUGAAGAGUGGAGCCAAUUACACGGUGAUCGUCCGCACUGUGAGUGGACAUCUCCGAAGUCCGCCACUGGGAAAAUCCAAAUUCACCCUGCCGCGCCCGCCCACUGAUGUCGAGGUCGUUUUCACCGGCAAGGACCGACUGGCCUUCAAGUGGAAGUCCCCUGACAGCACAAAGACAACCAAUUACCUUGUGAACAUCAGUUCAAGCUUCUGGAACUACAACAAGUCGGAGACACUGGUCGGCAAAACCGAACACACGUUUGAGAACCUGAGAUCAGGGACCAGGUUCUUGUUUCAAGUGCAAACCGUGACAGACACAGAGAGAAGUUCCCCAGCGAAUAUUUCCCACUGCACAGAGGCCGACGAGAGAGAAAUCAGCCUGUCCAUGUUGUGCUCCUCCGCGGAACCUCUCCUCUGUGCAGAGAACUCCACCAAGGAGAGUGUGUUCAGUCAGCUGGAGGCCCAUUUUGAAAUUCUCCUGGGGGACCAUGUUUUCUGGAAACUCGAGAAGCAAGAAAGUGAAAACACAAUUGCUUAAUUUUCAGUGAUAUUUAAGAUUAGUUUUACUUCUUGUUUUUUUCAUCAACGAGUUAUUUAUGUUUUACUGUUUUUGAAAAUUUGAAUAUUGUGUGUGUGUGCGUGUGGGUGCGUGUGGGUGUGUUUGUCUUUCAGUGAUUACAUUCAGAAUUUCAACCAUCAACAAAUAUAAAAAAUCAAUAAACAUAAUACCGUUAAUGUUGUUCUGCGUGUAUUGAAAACAUUUCCAAUACAAUAAAAGAUACUUGCGUUUAAGACAAAAUGUAAA